AUGUAAGCUAAUUAUUCACCUCCUUCAACAAAUACAAAUGUUUUUGAAAAACUUUAACAUAACAAAAAAAGUUAAAUGUCUUCUGUUUUACGAAUUCUCCUUAAUAGUCCUUCUAACAGGCCAACUACUAUGUAAAGACCUUAAACAAAGUUUUAAUCCUUUUCUUAGCGAAACUCACCUCUUCCCAAAGAUAUGUCAGCAUUUGAAAGAACUCAAGAUCAGACAGUUAAACAAUUAGAUAUUAGUCAUCUACAUGAAUUUGAAAUCAAAACAUCCAAUAUGACCCCACAUUCCCCAAUUAACUCAAAAAAUCAGAUGAGUAAAGUAUAAAAUUUCUGAUAUUCUUUCCUAGGAAUAAAAAUUGACUUCUUUCAUUAGUACAUAGAGAUACAAUAAGAAUGACAAAAAAUAUAAUAUGGUUCUAUUUUUUGAAGAAAAUUCCCUUAUAUUUCAAGAGGUAAUUAAAAGAAAGGAUGUUGAAAAAAUUGUAAGUUUAUUUCAAACUCCAAUGGUUUUAGCAUAAUAAGAAAAUGUAUUCAAUUAAAUUACAUUCUACAUAGUUGACUGAAACCUUUUUA